CCAGUCGCGAUUGUGAAAUCUUCAAUAUCAUUUCUUCCGAAGCGGACAGUAAAUAGUGCGGUAGUUUUUUGGUGAAUUGGAGCUUUUGUGAUUAUCGAGUAGAUAUAUCUAUCAGCAAAAUGGAGCCAGCAACCGUAACAGGAGUGGAUUUUUUUCAUAAGGAAAAUGCUGUAAAACAUCACACAGACGAGUAUGAGCUGGUUAACGCUGAAGCACCUACGCCAGUCUUACGAAGAGGAGCAGUUUUUCAGCUGGGAAUAAAUUUAAAUAGAGCCUUCGAUCCCGAGCAUGAUACAAUAAGAAUCAGUUUCGGGUUUGGAGAAAAACCUACAGUAAUAUUGGGCACAAGAGCAGUUCGACCACUCAAUCCUAAGUUUAAAUCACUUUCCUAAGGAUCCCCACGUGUGGGGUGUCAUGCUAAAAGAAAACAAAGGAAGUUCUGUGAUUGUAAAUGUUAGAAUUCCACCACAAGUUCAAGUUGGAAUUUGGAGCUGCAAUAUUAUUACUACUAUAGUUGGACAAAAAGGAGUACGAAAAGAUUUCAAGUUCGAAGAUGACAUUUACAUCAUAUUUAACCCCUGGUGUCCCGAAGACGGAGUAUUCAUGGAAAAUGAAGAGGAAAGAAAGGAGUACGUGCUUAAUGAUAACGGCAAAAUUUGGUGUGGUACUUUCAAAAAACCUACAGGAAAGCAUUGGAUAUUUGGACAAUUUGACGAAAUUUCUUUACCCGCCGCCAUAUUUCUUUUGGAAAAGUCAGCGCUAGUUACUGCUCAACGAGGAAAUCCAAUUAUGGUUUCUAGGGCAAUUUCGGCAAUAGUUAAUGCAGUAGAUGAUGGUGGCCUCUUAGAAGGUAGAUGGGAUGGCGAUUACUCAGAUGGUACUUCUCCAUUUGCAUGGACGGGAUCUACUGCAAUUUUGGAGCAAUACUUAUUGUCGAAUGGAACAUCGGUCAAAUAUGGACAAUGUUGGGUAUACUCUGCUGCCACGGUAACUAUCUGCCGAGCGUUGGGUAUCCCUUGUCGAUCUACAACGAAUUAUGUUUCAGCGCAUGAUACUAAUGCAUCUUUAACAAUCGAUAAAUAUUUUGAUGCUUCUGGAGAACGAAUCGAAUCAGGACCAGAUGGCGCUUGCAACGAUUCCUGCUGGAACUUCCAUGUCUGGAAUGACGUUUGGAUGUCACGUCCUGAUUUAUCACCAGGUUAUGGCGGCUGGCAAGUUAUUGAUGCUACUCCACAAGAAGUCAGCGAUAGUGUAAUGCGAUGUGGACCAGCAUCUAUUGAAGCAGUUAGAAAAGGAGAAGUUGGAUUUUUGUACGACACACCAUUUGUAUUUUCUGAAGUUAAUGCCGAUGUCGUUCAUUUUCAAGAAGACGAAGAAUCUGAUUGGGGAUUCAGUACAACAUCUGUCAACCAGUAUCAUGUUGGAAGGCUGAUAGUGACAAAGAAACCAGGUCAUACUGACAACGUUGGAGAUAGCGACGUGUGGGAUAUAACAGAUUUUUUUAAAAAUAAAGAAGGGACUGAAGCCGAAAGAUUAUCAGUCUACAAUGCAGUUAGAGGAGUCCCAAAAGCGCUGCAUAUCUACGAGCUCCCCAAUAAAGAACACCAAGAUGUCGGUUUUGAACUGGUAGACAUCGAUACUGUUCCAUUUGGACAUAAAUUUAUGGCACAAGUUAGAAUAGAGAAUAAAUCUGAACAGGAAAGGACAAUUAAAAUUAUGGUUACGGCUACCUCUGUAUAUUACAUGGGAACCACAGCUAAUGAUAUAAAGAAAACUAAAGGAGCGAUUAAACUGGCACCUCAUCAAAAACAAACCGUCAGGUUGGAUGUCUAUCCCAAAGAUUAUUUGGAGAAGUUAGUAGAUCACUUCUUUGUAAAGAUUUAUGCCGUUGCAAAUGUUACAGAAACCAAACAAGUUUGGAGUGAAGAAGAUGAUUUCACUUUGACGCUUCCUGAUAUUAAAAUCAAUGCCCCACAUACGGCAAAAGUUGGACAGCAUUGUGAUGUCAAAUUUACAUUCCAUAAUCCUUUGGAGAUACCUCUGACACAAUGUUCCUAUGUUUUGGAGGGCCCAGGAGUAACCAAAGCUGUUAGCACGAAACACGUAGAUGUUAAGGCAAAAGAAACAAUUACCGUUUCUGCUGGCUUCACAGCUAAGAAUGCUGGAGUUAAGAAAAUUGUUGUUAACUUUACGUCUAAAGAAAUACACAACAUCCACGGAAGUACUAAUAUUACUGUUUCUUAAAUUCUUUUAAUCAUUUUUAGUAGUUAGGUUUAGAAUAAAGAAAGUAUUGAUUAACGUUAAUAUUAAUCAGGUUGUAUUUCUAGUUGAACUUUGAUAAAAUCCAAAUAUUAACAUGUUUGUUUAUUACUACAUAUAAAACAUGCACCACUUUUUUACGAAAUAAAACCUGCUGGGAGAAUAAUUAAAGAAAAUAUCUUUGUUAGAAACAAAUGAGUCAGUAAUGCUAGAAAUAAAAUUGGUCUACACAGACUACACUUAUAUAAAAAAUAUAUGUUAAUAAAUAAUAUUUUUUAUGUACAUACAUUAGAGUCAUUAAGGAGAUUAUCUGUAUUUUUGAUGUUUUUAUUAAACUUUUUUUAUGUU